CGGGUGGCGCUGCCCCGGGGCGCCCCUACAGGCCGGCCCGGGGAUGGGGCGCACAGGGCCUGGGCCAGGCGGGGCGGCUUCUGGCUGCCGAGGGUCCUCGGCGGGCGGGCUGCCGGGGCAGCUGCUCCGACUUUGCCCGGACUUCGAGGCUCCCGGAGCCGCGGCGGGGCCCCGGCGCCCGAUCCGGCGUGGGGCUGGUCAGCGGUUGAAUAGCUGGGGCCCUGGAGGCUUGAAGCCUUCACAGUGAUGGCAGAGAAGCGGCCACUGGGGACCCUGGGGCCUGUGAUGUAUGGCAAGCUGCCUCGCCUAGAGGCUGACUCUGGGCCCGGACACAGCCUGCCCCCCUCUGCUGGUAACCAGGACCCCUGCAGCUACAAGGGUGCCUACUUCUCCUGCCCCAUGGGGGGUGCUCCCAAGGCAGGGUCUGAGCGAGUGACAUCCUGGGCUCCGUACCCCCCCGUGUAUCCUUCCACCAUGGCUGCACCCCCACUUCGGGCAGACAACCUGCUGCCCAGCUGCUUACUGUACCGCCCAGCAGCAGAAAGCUCUGAGAAGGUGCAAGACUCCGGCCCUGUUGACCUCCUGCCCUUCAGUCCCCAGGCCCAUUCCUACCCAGGCCCGCCACUUGCAGCGCCCAAACCUGUCUACCGUAACCCUCUGUGUUAUGGGCUCUCAACUUGCCUGGGGGAAGGGGCGGCAAAGAGGCCACUGGAUGUUGAUUGGGCGCUGGUGCCUGGGCCCCUGUUACCACCAGCUGACCCACCUUGUUCUCUGACCCCAGCUCCUGGCAAGGGCCAGUCGCUGGAUGGCACCUUCUUGCGUGGGGUGCCGGCUGGGGGAUCUGGCAAAGACCCCUCAGUGGGCUUCUCCCCGUGCCAGGCAUUCCUGGAGAAGUAUCGGACCAUCCACAGCACAGGCUUCCUGGCUUCCAAGUAUGCAGGUCCUUACUCUGGGGACCCCAAGCAGGCAUUGUCUGAAGGACCCCCCAGUCCUUGGACCCACCUGGCCCAACCCCUGGGACCAGCCUGCCAGGAUGCAGUGCCCGCCCACUACCCACUGCCUUGCCCUCCAGCCUGUCGCCACCCGGAGAAGCCGAGCCCCUACAGCUCAGUGCUUCCCCUGCAGCCUCUGGGAGCACCCAAGGGGGCUGGGUACCCAGCCGGCGGGCUGAGCAGCCCCUACCUGAGGCAGCAGGCAGCCCAGACGCCCUAUAUGCCCCCAGUGGGGCUGGACACUUACUCCUACCCAACUGCCCCCCUCCCAGCACCCUCGCCGGGCCUCCAGCUGGAUCCCCCUCUCACUCCACAGUGCCCACUGGACUUUGCCCCCCAGACACUGGGCUUCCCUUACGCCCGGGAUGACCUUUCUCUCUGUGGAGCAUCCCCAGGGCUCGGAGGGGCGCCAUCUUCCCAGAACAGCAUGCAGGAUGUGCCGCAGCCCAGUGCCUUCCAGCAGGCAUGCCAGCCUCUGCCUGCCAACCAGCCAUGCCCAGAGCCUGUGAGGCCAGCAGAGAAGCCAGUGCAGGAAGCCGAGAAGAUGUGGCUGCCCAGAUGCAGGAAAGAGCAGCUCCAGCCCCAGCUGGGUGAGCACCCUGGGGCGCCCAUUGUAAUUGGAGACAGUCCAGUUCCCUGCACCCCACCAGCACUCCCACCCUGCGCCCAGGAACGCCAGUCUCUUCCUCAGAACCAGGGCGCUCUGCCACCCAGCUCACCACCAAUGCCUAUUAUUGACAAUGUCUUCAGUCUGGCCCCCUACCGUGACUAUCUGGAUGCUCAGGCGCCCGAGGCCACGGCUGAGCCUGACCCAGCUCCAGCCCCCAAAGAGAGCCAGGACAAAGACUGCAGGGGCACCCUGCCUGGCCAGGAAGCCCCCUCAAGGGCACACUGCUCACUUAGGGAGGAGGUGGCCCUGGACUUGAGUGUGAAGAAGUCUGUGGCAGAGGCUUCCCCUGUCAAGGUCCCUAGUCCUGUGGUGCCUGCCAGACCCACUGCAGCCACGGAUGUGCCAGGCAUGGGGGGCACAGUCCCAGAUCUGCCAGACCCAAAAAAGGCAGUAAUAGAGGCACCAGGGCUGCCUGGGGAGCCAGUGACCACAGAGGCCACCCCAAGGACCAACUUCCACAGCUCCGUGGCCUUCAUGUUCCGAAAAUUCAAGAUGCUCCGGCCAGCAGCACUGCCUGCAGCUGUGGUCCCAUCCGUGCCCACCUCAGCCCCUGCCUCUACCCAGCCUGCACCCGCCCCCCCAUCUGUGCCCCUUGGACUACAGAUUGUCACCCAGCCCUUGCCCAUGGCCUGCUUCAACCUGGCACUGCCCAGCCCUCCAGCUGCGGCUGUGGCCUCUCCCACCCCAGGCCCCCCCCCGGCCCCAUCGCCAGCUCCAGCCCGGGCUCCAGCUCCAGGGGCAGGCCCUGCUCCAGCGUCUACCCCGACCGUAGCAGAUUCCCCAGAGCAACACUUUGCAGGACUGCACGCGUCUCUGUGUGAUGCCAUCUCGGGCUCAGUGGCCCACUCCCCGCCUGAGAAGCUGCGUGAGUGGCUUGAGACGGCUGGGCCUUGGGGCCGGGCGGCGUGGCAGGACUGCCAGGGAGUGCAGGGGCUGCUGGGCAGGCUGCUGUCCCAGCUGCAAAGCUUCGUGUGCACACAGCAGUGCCCCUUCCCCCACGUGGUGCGGGCCGGGGCCAUUUUCGUGCCCAUCCACCUGGUGAAGGAGCGGCUCUUCCCAAGGUUGCCGCCCGCUUCCGUGGACCAUGUGCUUCAGGAGCAUCGCGUGGAGCUGCGGCCCACCACACUGUCGGAGGAGCGGGCGCUGCGGGAACGAGCCCUGCAUGGCUGCACAUCCCGCAUGCUGAAGUUGCUGGCGCUGCGCCAGUUGCCUGACAUCUACCCUGACCUCCUGGGCCUGCAGUGGCGUGACUGUGUGCGCCGCCAGCUGGGUGACUUUGACACUGAGGCUGGAUCUGUGGCCUCCUCAGAACCCACCACAGCCAGAGAAGAGCCGGAGAGUCUAGCCCUGGCUGUGAAGUCACCUGCCCCCAAGGCCAGGAAGCCAGGGAGGAAGCCACCAACCCCUGGCCCGGAGAAAACAGAGGCAGCUGCUGGGGGAGGGUCCAGUGGUGCCUCCCCUGCCCCUGUGGGCAGCACCAGCCCACCUGGCCCCACGCUCAGGGCCCGCUUCCGCAGCCUGCUGGAAACUGCCUGGCUCAAUGGCCUGGCCCUGCCCACUUGGGGUCACAAGGCCUCAGGACCGGAGCGGCCCUUGCCCCGCCCACAGCUGCUGGGGAGCCAGAGCCAUCACCUGUAGCGCCGUCGCUGGAGUUGUUCGGACAGCUCCUGUCUGGGGAUUACUCUCCCUACCCCUCCCUUCUGCCAGCCCAGCUGCCCAGGGCCAGAAGUGGACAUGCCCUUGGAGGUUCUCCAGCUCUUACUGCCCACUCCUUCCAGCGGACGGGGUUGAGGGCCCCUGAGCGUUUAACUUGAGGGCCUUUGUUGGCAAAGGACUACUUCCUAUUUCUUCCUUAGAGAAAACGUGCGGGCUUGGGAGCCCAAAGCCUUGGGCUUGAGUCCUGGCUCGUGUGUUCCUUGCUGUGUAAUCCGGCCAGUCACUCCCUCCCUUGAGCCCUCAGGUCUCUGGAGAACAGGACAACCAGCCUACCUCACAGGACUGUUGUGGGAGUGAUGCCUGACACACCCAUUACGGUUUAUUCUCUGCUCCCUCCCCAGGGCAGGGGCCUAGACCCCAGCCACAUCCUGGAAUUUGAGGCUAAGGCAAGCAGAACCUUCCUCUAGAAAGUUCCUGUAUCACAGGACUUUGUUCUCUUACAGUGGGAUAUUGUUCGGUGUACGUGACUUACACUUCCCAGAGGCAUCCCCCAGGAAAGCCCGCGGUUGCAACCCGUGCCCCUCAUCCCCGGCCUGGAGCUCCCCUCCCGUGCUAAAGGGGGCACAGCCAUCCUUGUUCUGGGCCUUCUGCUCACCCCUGGGAGUCCCUAGGCUGGUCCUGAAUUAACAGCACUGGCUCCCCUGAGCUGCCUCCCCAACUGCGGCAUCAUCCCAAGAAAGCGUGUGUUUGCUGGAAGCCUAGCAGCGGGACUCGGGGACUAGAAGGCACAGGCCGAGUGAUGGCCUGGGAGGUCUCUGAAGAUAGGGAGUGGGGGUCCUGGCACUGCCCGAGCCCUGUCAGCCUUGCCUGCUGUGAAUUACCUACCGGCAGAGCACCGAACAACCCCACAGCCGGCAGGUGGGCGUGGCCUAGUCAACAUUUGUAACAAGGCUGUGGGCCCUGGAGGCAGGCCAUUGAGCAUUAAAGCGUUUGGGUUGUUUUUGGACCUGGGGCCUGGCCAGUGUUUGGGGGUCAGAGGGUGAGUGUAUCCUUACCAGGUGCCUAACCCUGUGCUCACAGGUGGCAGCAGUCCCUGCCCUCAGCCCAGAAGGUGCUGAGACUCCAGCUCCUUUGUGCCAGCCAGCCCUGGCCGUGUGGGCCCUUGUCACAUGCCCACCAGGCAGCCACUUCCCUGCUAAAGGAAAGCCCCUCCCUCCUGAGACCCUUGUGUGUCCUGGGUUGUUGGUCUGCAGCCCACUGCCCCAUGAGAAAUGCUGGUCACCAGACCCAGAACAUGACCCUCUCCCAGGAAUGCCUAGAACAGAGCUGUCACACCCUCCCCAUGCUGGUGACUUUAUCCCACUGAGAGGGACAGCUAUUCCCACAACUCAUCUGGUGUGGGGAGGCCUUUGGGUAUCCCCUCCAGAAUCCCUGCCUCUGCUGGGUUCUAUUCCUACAGAGGUUUGUUCUCCGGGCUGCUGAGCGGCACCUGGGCCAGGGGUCAGUCCACUAGAGCAGGUCAGGUCUGCCCAGCAUCAACUCUAAUCUUUGUGGGUCUUACUGAGCCCAGCUCCGUAUCCCCCCUGUGUACUGCGCCAGGAUUUGGAGCGGCAGGUGCCAUCACCCCCUGUAUGUCUAUCCACAGCAGACUUGAGGAGUUCCCUGGCCUGUGAAGGGGACAGGCCAGGCGAUGGGCAAUCCCAGCACACCGUGGUCACCACUGGGACAGAACCUGGGGGGCGGUUACUGUGGGAGCUCAGGAGGGGCCUCUCCUAGCCUGGGGAUGAGGUGUCCUUGGGUCCCAGAAGAGGGGCUGCCUGCAGGAGGCCUUGAGGACAAGAAGGAAGACGUAGUAGCAGUGUGAAAUGCCAUCUGAGUCAGUUGAGCAGCUCAUGCCGAGACCUAGAGGUAGAUUUGGAAAAGGGGAAGACCCAGGUGCAGCUGCCCUGCAGGGACUGGCGGGGCCAGGAAGCAAGGCUGGAGACGCACCGGUUUCGAGCACAUCCUCAGUGCAGACCUCGGUCCUGCAUCCUGAAGAAUAGGGAUGCGGUGUGUGUGGUUUACAGAAAAAGGGUGAGGAGGGCAUGAAUGGCUUGAGGCUACUCGAGUAGAGGGAAGACAGGAUUGCAGUGUAGACAGAGUCCUGGAGCCCCAGGCCUUGGGGAGCCAAGUGGAGGCUCUGCAACGCCUUCAGCUGCAUCACCUCUUCGCUUUUACUUCCUGGCUUUAUCCUUUCUUCCCCCCGCCCCCCCUUCCUGUCUUCCUUAUGUUGCACACCUACUGUGCCCCUGCUACCUGCCAGGCAUACAUCUUGCCAGUGGUUACAGGGCCAGGUCCUAGGCCUCGGGAUAGGCGGGGCCACUCAGCACCGGGUCUGUCCACUUGCGGCCCCAAAGGACCGUAAUGGUGCAGGGCUGGAUCUGGUCGGGGCAGGUGGCUGCUUCCCACGGGACGGCUCUGUGCUCGGAGCCACAGUGCGAGGGGAGAGACCUGGCCCUGCCCAGAGGAUUCUAGGGGAGGAUUGCCCAGGAGCUCUGGUGGGCGCGGGAAGAGGGCUCUGCCCGGGACUCCCGUCUGGGGGAAGCGGCGCCGCCUCCCCAGGCGGGUUUCACAAAGCCUGUUCCCCGUGGUCAGAGCAUCGAUGGCUAAGAGCCGAGGAGGGUGCUGGCUGCCCCCCACGCCUCCAGGGAACAAGCAGGUCCCCCUCCCCCUCGGCUCAGCGUGGGUCUCCGGGCCCCACAGCUUCCCUGUAACCAUCGAAGGCUCCUGGCCUGGGCUGCACCCGGGUAGGUGACUUCUCAAACAGGAUCACCUGGAAAAUGGUUUCUUGGGCCCCAGAAAGAAUAGUCCUAGUCAGGGCCCAGGAACCUGGGCUUUAAUUGAACUUCCAAGGUGAUUCUGAAUUAGGGGUUCAGGAAUCAUUUUGAGUAACAUCACUCCCUUUAGGUCACAGAUGUUCAGGAAAUGGGCUCAGGACUUGGCCGAAGGUCACAUCAAGUAGGGCUGAGGGCCAGUGGGGAGGGAGGCCAGGAACCCUCUGCCCCCAGCUCUCUUCACCCCGUUGGCCUAGCUUGGACCCCUGCCUGGGCUUCUCUCUGCCCCAAGUGGCCCUGCUAUGCAGCGUGUGUCUCUUGCCCUGUUAAUAAAAGGAGGACGGUG